AUGGACACGCAAUCGAUCGGAACUCUACUGUCUCCUUCGACGUAUUCUGAUAGCACUAAGACUGGCAGUAUUAAAUCUGGAGGCACUACAGAGAGAGAUGAAGAAAAUUUUACCAAAGACAAUGCUGCUUCCCCUAUCGACUUGGAAUGUCACAUUCAAGCAGAGAGGAUCACAAAAAUCCUUGAUGAGGCAGUAUACAAAACCAAACUUGCCCUCUGCCUUCCAAACCUCGUGCAAGAAUACCGUACGCUUAGCUCAAUCCUAUCACCUCAGCAUAUGGAAGAUCUGAUCUUUAUUUUCGAGCAGUAUGAUAAUCCACUAUUUUCUGCUAGUUUGCUAAAUAUGGCAGCAAUGGAAGAUAUUAAAGCAGGUGAUGUAUCGUUAAAGAAUCGUCUAAACCCAGAGUUGGGACACUUGAUGUACAUAAUGAACAGCUAUCCUGCACUUCGUCCCAAAGUGGAAGAAAUGAUGGAGGAGAUGAAAACUGAAUAUUCCGAGUUAGGAGAGAUGAGACAGUCUGCUUCAGGAAUUGAAUAUCUUCUUACUUUGGAACAUUUUCGCCAACUGAUGGUGCGUCAGAUGGAGACCACAGCCGCCGAGGAGUUGGCAGCAAAAAUAAAAACUAGGAAACUUGAGGCUUCGAAUGAAAAAUUAAUUGCUAAAAUCAAAGAAUAUACUGAAAAGUUGAAAGAAGAAAAUGAAAGAUUUGAAGAGACUAUGAAAUUAAAAGCAGAGCUCAUAGCGAAGUUGGAGAAAGAGCUAGCAACGCUUAACCAAGAGGCUGACAUUAAACUUAAGAAAAAGAUUCUUGACUCAGACCGUCAGAUGGUGUUAGCGACUCGAGCUCAUUUGGUCAAAAAUGAAAUGUUAAAAGAAGAAGAAGUUGAAUCAAGAGAGAUGUACGAAAAUUUGUUAAAGUCUCACCUUAUUGAGGAAAAGAAUCAGAGAGCUCGAAGAUUCAAAGUAGAAACUCAAUUGCUAUCAUGGCUACAGAAAUAUGAUCUUGAAAUGGGCGAUAAGCAGAUAGAGCUAGAUGAAUUUACGGAAAAGUAUGAAGAUGAGUUGCAGAAAUGUGAAGAGUUAGAGAAAAAACUAGCAGAACAAGACAAUGAGUACAUUCCACUGAUGGAAGAGCGAGAAAAAGAGUAUCAUCAAGAAAUGACUGAGAAGAUGAACAAGUUCCUCACAGAACACGCUGCAAGAGUAAUUCAGCAUGCUUGGAGAGAGGUCCUGGCGAAUAGAGCCGAAAAGAAACGGCUGAAAGGAAAGGGUAAAAAGGGAAAGAAGAAAGUU